CUGUCUCUUUGUUAAAUCUUACAUAAUCUCUGACCAACAUCCCGACGCCGCAAGCCUCGUCAGCUUCCUCCUCUCCUUCCCUUCCGCAGAUCUCGAAUCCCAACCACCUCCCUCGCCCUCCAUCCACAAAUCCCUCCAACACCACACUCGCAAUGUUCAAUUGGUUCAGAUUAGUGUCUGUCGUGCUUGCCCUUGCGCUUGCGUUCCUCUUCUUCGCCCAGGAAACCGCCGCGGCGGGGCCGACUAUCUCCAACCCCGAGGUCACUACUAAAGUGUUUUUUGAGGUUGAGCAGGGUGGUCAGUCGCUCGGCACUAUCGUCUUUGGUCUCUAUGGAAACGUUGUGCCCAAGACCACCGAGAACUUUCGUGCGCUCUGCACUGGCGAGAAGGGAUUCGGAUACCAGGGAUCCAAGUUCCACCGUGUGAUUGAUAACUUCAUGAUUCAGGGCGGUGACUUCACCCGCGGCGACGGAACCGGCGGCAAGUCAAUCUACGGUGCCCGUUUCCCCGAUGAGAACUUCUCGAUCAAGCACACCCGUCCCGGUCUUCUUUCCAUGGCUAACGCCGGCCGCGAUACCAACGGCUCGCAGUUUUUCAUCACCACCGUCGUUACCUCCUGGCUCGACGGCCGCCACGUCGUCUUCGGUGAAGUCCUCGAGGGCAUGGACAUCGUCACCAAGAUCGAAAAGACCAAAAAGGGCCGCGGCGACAAGCCCGUCGUCGACAUCGUCAUCGUCAAGUCCGGUGAGAUCAAGGACGACUCCGCGCCCGUCCCUGCCGCCGAGACCGUGGCCGAGCCCGAGGCUGCGGCCGCGCCGGAGAAGGAUGAGCUGUGACUACAUGGUUGGAAAGAUUGGUUGAAGACGUUUGAUCUCUUGACUGGUAGAUGGUGAUGGAGUGUUGUGUUGUGUGUACGU